AUGGAGAACUAUCACUCAUCAUCUCCUACAAACAAUGCUAAUAUCUCUAAUGAGAACUCAAUUAGUGCUAAUCAUAUAAAUGAGCUCCAAAUUAUUGCUGUGCUUAGCAACAAUGACAGCAAUGGUGAUCAAACUAAGUCUGCUGAAGAAAUUGAAGCUUAUAUCAAAAGUUUCCCUCCAGGUUAUCGGUUUUGCCCUACCGAUGAUGAGCUCGUUACGCAUUAUUUGAAGCGGAAGAUAGAUAAUUUGCCAUUGCAGCCUAACAAGAUUUAUGAGAUGAAUAUAUAUAACUACAACCCUGAGAUGAUUGCUGCACAUGUUAAGCCAACGACUGAAGAAAAAGUGUGGUACAUAUUAACACCAAGAGAUCGUAAGUACCCAAAUGGAAAGCGACCCAGCAGAUCUGCUGGUGAUGGAUAUUGGAAAGCUACUGGAGCUGAUAAACCAAUCAAGGAUCCUAAAAGGACUAUAGUUGGAUUUAAAAAAGCUUUAGUUUUCUACCUUGGAAAGGCACAAAAGGGGAAAAAGACUGAUUGGAUUAUGCAUGAGUAUAGAGUCCCUGGGAUUCCAAAUUUAGCUGAAAGAGAAGCUGGUGACCAGACGUUGGAUGAUUGGGUUUUGUGCAAGAUCUACAAGAAAUCAGAUAGGGAUAACACUAUGUUCACCCAAAGAAAGAGAAGUAGGGAUUAUGAAUAUAUUGGUGAAGUUUUAGACACUUAUGAUGGGCAAGUUCAUGAAUCCUCUAAUGAAAACUUGAGCAGCCAUAUUGACACUUUUUCCGAGUCCGCAGGUCAGGACUCUACUAGACACAGCCCCACAAACUGCAUCGACAUGUUGUGUAAUCUCAACAAUCAUGCAACAACAUUUCACCCUCAAAUUCCCACGAGAUUUUCUAACUUGGCUCAGAGCUCUCACAUGCCAACAUUUUGUAACAUGCCAUGGUCCACAACUAGUGCAUAUGACUACCAAAAUUGUGUACCUCAAUUCAAUGGCGUCCUUGAUGAAGGUACAUCUAUGACAAAUGAUACAUUUCACCAAUGCGCCCCUUCACCUAUGAUGAUCGAACCUAUCUCUUCUGCGAGAGCUACCAGCAGCUCAAUCAGACAAGAUCACACCAUGAAAAGCGAAGGAUUUGGUGUACCUUGUUUCAGUUCCUGUACUAGUGGUGGCUAUACAAUGCAAGAAUGUUAUGGUGAGUAUCUUGGACAUGAAAAAUUGAACAAUAAUGCUGACCAAUGUGAUCCAAUGGAUUGCGUUGACCAGUACCUUGUGAAUUAUGAGAUGAAUAACUCUACUAUGUAUCUACCAGAAAAUAACACGAAGAAUGUUGUCAAUGGUGAGAGUGGUAAAUCAAAUGGAGAUUGCUAA